AUGAUCACAAGGCAACUUCCCGCUCUCCGCUAUUCCAGGAGGCUCCUCCUUGGAACCAUCAGCACCGGCGUCUGUUACGGAGCCUUUGCAACCAAUUCCCCCGUUCGCUUCGACUCCCGCCAAAACCAAAAGUCGCCUCCCCCGGCGAGUCAGCCCGCAGCCAAUCCUUCAGAGCCAUUACUCUCGCCUCGCAUCAUCCGGCAGAUAUCCGCUGGCAGCAUUGUCGGAUUCGGUACCGGUCUCCUCGUUUCUUUCUUCUCCCGUACCCUUGUAUUCAUUGGUGGAGUGAUGGCGGCAUUUUACCAUCUCGCCUCCUCAUAUGGGCUAGGCCUACCGAGCAUUGUUCACUCUCACAAGCUUCUUACGGAUAAGAUCCCCCUCUUGAAAUAUGGCACAGGAAAUGGCUGGUUUGUAGCAUCUUUCGGCUUAACCUUCAUCUUGGCGGCAUUUGUACGCCUCUAA